UCUAUGAGUAUGUCUAUGAAAUGUCUAUUAAAAAACCUGUCUAACCUAAAAAGUUUCGACGUUUCUAACCUCUAUAUUCUCAAGUUUUGUAGAUUUUUUUUAUUAGGAAAAACUUAUUACAAUGCUGUUGAAAUUACAAAAAUUAAAAUGUUAACUAGUCCGAGAAGAAUAGCGUUCACCUUCUUUUCAAUUAGUAAUUUAAAAAGGAGAUUUAAGACUAAAGAAACUUGCAUAACUACUUUCCCAUUGAUUCAACAAAGAAGAGGUAAAAAAGAUGACUCGAAUUCCAUAUCUACAUUAUUCAAACCAGUCCCUGUUAAAUCAAAUCCUGAUGAUAUAAAUGUAGGAGUAGAACUAACUGGUUCUUUAAAUAAAUCUGGUUUGCUGAGGGUAUUGAAUACUUUUUACCAGCAAAGAGAAGUAAAACAGUUGCUGACUGAAAAUGGUUUGGAUCAUUAUAUACAACACCAGUCCUAUGUGAGUUUUAGAAGAUAUUGUUUAGAUGCAAAGACCCUUCCUGUUGAUCUUCAUAUUGUUAUAAGUGACAUUUUACAAGGGGCAGGUCAUGUAACAGAUAUUUUCCCAUACUUUUUAAGACAUGCCAAAGAAAUGUUUCCACACUUAGAAUGUCUAGAUGAUUUAAAGAAAAUUUCUGACUUAAGAGAUCCUGCCAACUGGUAUCCACAAGCUAGAGCUUUAAAUAGGAAGAUAAUUUUUCAUGCAGGCCCUACAAAUUCAGGAAAGACAUACCAUGCCCUUGAAAGACUCAUGACUGCAAAAUCAGGGGUUUACUGUGGUCCUUUAAAACUUUUAGCUAAUGAAGUGUUUAAUAAGUGCAAUGGGAGGGGAACAAGUUGUGAUUUAAUAACUGGAGAAGAAAGAAAUUAUGCUGAUCCUUCAGGAAAUCAGUCACCCCAUGUUUCCUGCACAGUGGAGAUGUCUUCUGUUAAUACUCCCUAUGAAGUAGCUGUUAUAGAUGAAAUUCAAAUGAUCAGGGAUUUGUCUAGGGGAUGGGCAUGGACUAGAGCCUUUUUAGGAAUUAUAGCAGAGGAAGUUCACUUAUGUGGUGAAGUUGGGGCAACAGAUCUUAUACAAAAAAUUUGUCUUACUACAGGUGAAGAUGUUGAAAUAAGAAGAUAUAAAAGAUUAACAGACCUUACUGUUGAAAAUACUGCUUUAGGAAGUUUGGAAAAUAUCCAGCCCGGAGAUUGUAUAGUUUGUUUUAGUAAAAAUGAUAUUUAUUCUGUUUCAAGGGCGAUAGAGGCAAGUGGUAAAGAAGUUGCUGUGAUUUAUGGAGGAUUGCCUCCCGGUACAAAAUUGGCCCAAGCUGCUAAAUUUAACGAUCCCCAAAGUAGUUGUAAAGUUCUGGUAGCAACUGAUGCCAUUGGAAUGGGUCUAAAUUUGAGUAUAAGAAGAGUGAUAUUUUACUCUUUAAUUAAACCCACAUUAAAUGAGAAAGGUGAGAAAGAAAUGGACGUUAUAUCUGUAUCUCAAGCGUUGCAAAUUGCCGGUAGGGCCGGAAGAUAUGGUACACAAUGGGAGCAAGGAUUUGUUACUACGUUUAAACCAGAGGAUUUAAAUACAUUAAAAAGUUUGCUAAAUAGCGAACCUGAAUCUAUUACUCAGGCUGGUUUACAUCCCACUGCAGAGCAAAUUGAAUUGUAUGCAUACCAUUUACCGAACGCUACUUUGAGUAAUUUGAUGGACAUCUUUAUCAAUCUAUCAACUGUAGAUGAUUCUUUGUAUUUUAUGUGCAAUAUAGAAGAUUUUAAAUUUUUAGCUGAUAUGAUUCAGCAUGUGCCAUUACCUUUGAGAGCCAGGUAUGUUUUUUGUUGUGCCCCGAUCAACAAAAAAAUGCCAUUUGUAUGUACAAUGUUUCUAAAGUUCGCCAGGCAGUAUAGUAAGAAUGAGUCUAUAACAUUUGAUUGGCUAUGCAGAAAUAUUGGGUGGCCCCUUCAGACUCCUAAAACUAUAAUCGAUUUAGUACAUUUAGAGGCCGUUUUUGAUGUGUUAGAUCUGUAUUUAUGGUUAAGUUAUCGGUUUAUGGAUUUGUUUCCGGACGCACAUUUGGUACGCGACAUACAGAGUGAACUUGAUUCGAUUAUCCAACAAGGUGUUCUGCAAAUUACUAGGCUUUUAAGAAACUCUGAGACAGGAAUUAGGUCGGCAACUGGGGCAGCUCUAGAUGAAGAUGAAUUUGAAAUAAAUAAGCAAAGGCAAAAUUAUUUAAGAAGCGCAAAAUCAUCCUCAGUUGGUCGUGGCAAAUUAACGGAAAGGUUACUAGCUCAGGGUCUACUAACCCCCAAAAUGUUACAGGAAUUAAAAAAGGAAUGGGGUGAUCAACAUUUCACUUCAGAUGAUAAUGAAGAACCUCCACCUAGACCAGUUAAAAGAAAACCUAGGCAUAAACGUUAGAAUUUCUGACUAAAUGUGUACAUUUUUUAAUACAUAUUAAAUUUAAUUAAAUAUAGAAAAUUAUUUAAAUUC